UGUUGUAACUAAAGUGUAUUUCUUUCAAAAUAGAGAAGUUUAACUUGCAUUUUCCAAUCGAAAAUGUCCUUGCCGCAAGCUUGCCCCCGCCGGUAUACCGACAACGGGCACCUCAGUUUGUCUUCCAGAUGGUCACCUGCUGUAACGCGUACAAAUGCCUUCACAGUUCUUCCACCUCUCUCGUCUCAAAUUCCGAGACCGCCCGCAACCCCCAAGCCCUACCGUUGCACCACCCCCUCGAAAAAAGAAAAGUCAGCUUUUGUGAUACUAACGGAGAUUGCGCGUUCGAGAACCCCCUCACCACCAGGGGGUCGCGUCUCUCCUUUCCGCGGCAGGGGCUUCAAGGCCUCCUCGUCUUCGAGACAUGCGUCCCCUUCUCCAGACCCCGGGAGCACGCGGAGAAAAGACCACUCCAGGCCUCGAAUCGUUAAAAGGGUCGUUGGAAAAUCCGCACCGUCCAGCCCAAGUAAAUAUUCAAGCAUACCCGGACCAAUUCCACGGAGAAGUUCGCUCUCACCAAACAGAGCAAAAAUAUCGAUAAAACCAAUAGAAAAAAGUGGGAAUAACUUUUUAAAAGUGGAAUCUAUACUAGCAGACAAGGAAAAGAUAGCAAGAAAACCGUCGUUGUCUUCGAAAAACGUAAAACUGAAGGAGGAUAUCAAUUCAAAGACGCCUAAAGUGUACAAACCGAUCCUAAAAUCCCCCACAAGACUCGAUAAGAAAGAUGGCAAUAACAAUAAAAUGAUCGGUGUCGCGACCGAAUCAAAAACUCCAGCGAAUAAAAAUGAAAUAAGCAAAAACAAAUUAAACCUCAGGGUCGGGAAAGAAAAUGAUACCGUGAAGCCUAGAAAGCGCACCAAAGUUGUGAACGCGAAUCUCCCGCAACAUCCCUUGAAAACCGUCAAGCGAGACUCUAACAACCCGACCGUCAUUCCAAAACCCCCUCCGCCUGUAGAAGAACGAGCUCGGCCUAAGUCUAGGGUCAGCUCAAACCAAAGAAAGCGUAGCCCGUCCGUACCUCAAAAGAAAAACACGUCUUCCAUUAAUAACAAAAGCCCUAGUCACCUUAGUGGUAGAGGUAGUUCACCAAUGAAACCGAUAAGCAAACCCAAUAACAGGAACAAUUCGCCGUUAAAACCGAACAGUAAGCUACCUCCAGUAAACCCGAUUAGUGAAAAAAAGGUCGCGGAUCUUGAGAACAACAACGCGGGCAGUGGUUCCCCAAAACCCGAGAGUAAAAGCGAUCAAAAAGUCAAAGAUAUCAGUAAAUCCAACGCAGCGGUGACCAACGGUGCUCAAGACGAGAAGAACGGUCAAAACGCUAGAAACACUCGAAACGGUGACCAGCCUCAAAAUGUGAAAAAUGGCGGGAACGAGAGCCCAAAGAAGGAGACGGUGCGUAAGACGAACGGUGAGUUGACGAGGGUGGAGGUUGUCAACGAGAAGAAAGCCCAGAGCGAGUCGAAAAACACCGGGUCUCCCUCGAAAUCGCGUCCGUCGAGUGGGAAAGAGGAGUCAUCGACGAGGGUGGUGACUAACUCAGUAGCAGCGCCAUCUGAGCCGAGCCAUUCGCCGAAAAAGAUGUCGACGAUGAGCCCCAAUAAGUCUUCCAAGCCGACAGCGAAGCAGAUCAGCCAAGUGCAAAGCCAAGCCCAGAGCGGAUCUUCUUCCGAGUCGGUCCGUUCGGGGAGCUCCCGCGACACGGUUCGGGCCGUCGCUCGUGUGAAAGGCACCGUUCUUCCGAACAGGUCUAAGGUUGGCAGCAUCCACGGAAGUGUCAAGGGUGGACCUAAUAUGGAGGUCCUCAGCGCCAACACCCUCAUGCGUCAAAGCAAUAAUUCCGGUCGUGCCGGGAGUCACACGGCUUGGCAAGAGCCGACCAUCAGACCCACAGAAGGACUCACUAGCUCCGCAACUACCUCAGCAAAGCCAACGGGAUGCCUCGGAAACAUUUGCAAGAUCCUCAACUGCUGCAAGGGCUGUCAAAGGUGGCAAAAAGCUCCGAAAGCAGCAGGCACGUUGGAAAAGCCAAGCCUCUUCCAAAGACUUAAUUGUUUCAAGUGGUGUCCGAGCAUGAACCUUUCAAGCAAACUUAGUAGCAUGUGUGGGAAGCUGAACUGCUGCCGCAAGCUGGAGCUGAAGUCUUGCUGCCAGGGAGGGAGGUUCUGUCGAGUUCCCCUGUCGAGUUGUUGCAGGCGACCCUCGACGACUGACGACAUGAGUGACAUGUCGGAUGAGUCCCGAAUCAAAUGUGCCAAUAUGAAGAGCUGUUGGAGAUUCAUGUUCUGUCUCAACUUAGGCUGUUGUCAAAGGAUUCGACAGAUCUGUAGGUGCAAGAACUUGAAUUGCUGUAAACCGGGCGGCUGUUGUGGCAGUAUAUCGCCCGAAGAGGAGGCUGCCCGGAAAAAGCGGAACUCGCGGGCAGCCUUCAAGAAGAGCCGCACUUCCAGCAUUUUUUCUGAUAUUCCAAAAUUGGACCAAACUUUUGUAGAGUAUAAUUCUAUCAUGAAGGCGGCAAUCCCGGUUCUUCCAGUGCCUGUCGCUUGGAUGUGCCUUAUAUUGAAUCUUUUUUUGCCAGGCGUCGGCACGUUUUGGAGUGGGGUAAUGUGUUUGUGCCUUGGAAAACCACGAUUUUCGGUGAAUGAUACGCCUUUUGCACGUAUCGGAUCCUUCUUCAUCAACACCAUGGUGGCUCUCGCUCAAAUGUUUACAGUCCUAUUUUGCCUCGUUGGUUGGGGUUGGGGUAUUUGGUGGGGCACUAUGAUGCUUCGGCUAGCAAAAAAACAUAGAAGAAUAAAACUUGCAGAGGCAGGAGCCCCCCCAGAAAGUAGACCAGCUCCAGCUGUAGUGAAUCAGAAUCACAUGGACCCAGAGCAAGGACAACCCUCACGGGCCUAGGCUCGUCAAACUGCGUAAAUGAUGUACAAGCUACCAAAUUAACAUAACAAAGCCAGUGCGCAGUGAUUCGUUUCAUUUACCUAUGAUAGUUCAAAGUAUAACUCAACUUUGCCCGGCUACACGGAGCCCAAACACUACAGGUAAAAUAUCACCAACUACAGGCAGUAGUGCUUUGGGCUGAUUGUUGAAAUUGAUAAAAAAAAAAAAGCAAUAAACAGAGAAGAUAAAGGGAGU